AUGGUGUUUUUCACAAAGAUUGAAAGAUUUCUAAACGUGUUUUUACUGUUUCUGAUAUGCUUUCGACCCGGAUUUUCACUAGAACACAUUCGAAAUUUGAAAGUGGAAUUCAGUUUCGACUGCCUUGAUAAUCGAUCCGUCUGUGUAUUCAUUGAAGUUUUUGAAGAUGAAGUCAUUUAUGAACAACUGUUGACUCGUUAUGACUCUUGUCUUACAAAUAUACGAAGAGAAGCUUUCCGUGAAAGUACAUUUUUUAAACAUUAUGGUUUCUUUUCAAAUCGAAACAUUCCUAUAAAUGUUACUCUGGAACCGAUCCAUGUUGGACCAAUCAAAGAAGGAAAAUUGGACGCCUUCACUGCAAAUUUCCAAAUAACUAACGAUUGUGGGAAAAAUAGAGAAAUCAUGUGCUAUCAAGAAGCCAUUUAUUAUGAUGGAAUUGAUACAUUAUUGUCACUGAACAGAGAUUUGAAUCAUACUUCGAAACCAGGACCGUGUAGUAAUCGAUGGUUAGGUAGUCAAUUGUGGUUGAAAAAUAAUGAAAGAAGAGAGAAAGAUAGACAGAAAGAUAGUCAGAAACCAGAGGAAUCCACUACUAUGUCUCAUGGAAAUACAACUCAGAUUGACUUGAACACUAUUUGA